AUGAAAUCUUUCACUGUUGUCGUAUUCAUCGCCCUUGUACUUGCUACUUUGGCCAUUUUGACACCUGUUGAAGCCAACUGGGUUAUGAGAACAAAAAAUACACCAGGAUGCGAAACAUGGGACGAGGAGAGCGGUGUCCCAUGGCCAGACAAUGGAAAUAAUGAUGUCCAAGAUAUCUCUUGGACUCGCAACUGUAUCCGAUAA